CAGGGUAGCAUGUGUGUGUGUGUUUUUAAAACUUGAUUUCAGAUACUUGUUCUGGAGUGUUUUGCAAAGUCAGAAGCAGGCGGAAGACGGACGCCCUUCAGCAGCCGCAACCGCGGACGUGAACGCACCGCUGGAGGCAGUCGAGCUGCAGACCGGAGCUCGUUUGAGAACAACUCCGGCUGAUGUGAGCAGCGGAGAGAGGAGAGCUGGGUGAGCAUCACAUGUGAGCCAAGUCUGCACGGAUACAACACAGAGCCAAAGUAUGUCUGCGUCAGGGGCGGGCCGCCGCUCCGAGGGACCCGACUCAGGUGAAUGAGAGCACAUCUGCGGAUCGUCCGGGUUUUGUUGUCCUCCUCUCCUCGCUGAGACGGCGGCUGGAGCUGCUCCGUGCCCGCUUCACCCUCGUUAAGUCUGGCAGGCGUCAAGGUGCAGAAGCAGCAGAAGCAGCAGUCAGGAGAGGACAGACAGAGGAAGAGCUGCUGCUUAAUUAACUAUCCGACCAAAACGCUGCCGCGCACCAUAACGUGACGGCUUUGCUGAGUGGCCGCAGACACAGAGACGCACCGGGAGAGGACACUAUGUCAAAGGACACGAGAGUGAAAGGUUCAUCACGAAAACACAGCGCCACUCAUUGGUGCCUGCAGAACAUCGCACAGGAAUCAGUCGACAGCUCCGAUGAGGAGUUCUUUGAUGCCAGAGAUGUUAUGGAGGGGAAGAGCGCCAUUCUGCUGGGCAUGAGUCAGUGGAACUCCAAUGACCUGGUGGAGCAGAUCGAAACUCUGGGACACAUGGAGGACCAGUCGCACGAGGGUCUAUACCAGCUGGGAGGUCCACGCUGUGCCCCUCAGAGCAGCAUAGAAGGACUGGAAGACUUAGAGAGCAAAUGUAAGACGCAUGUGCUGUUGCUCGUGGUGCACGGGGGCAACAUCUUGGACACGGCAGGCGGAGACCCCAGCACAAAGGCGGGCGACGUGGCCACGUUAGCCUCGGUGCUGGAGAAGGUGACUCGGGUGCAUUUCCAGGCUGCUGCCGAACACGUAAUGAUCAAACUGGUGCCGUGUCCGGCCGUGUGCGCCGAAGCCUUCUCUCUGGUGUCCAAUCUGAACCCGUACAGCUACGAUGAGAGCUGUGUGUCCAGCAGCGUGGACCACCUUCCUCUGGCCGCCCUCCCUCUCCUCGCCAUCGUCUCCCCGCGCUACCAGGAUGCCGUGGCGACCGUCAUCGACCGGGCCAAUCAGGUCUACCGCAGCUUCCUGCAGUCUGAAGACGGCCAGGGAUUCACGGGUCAGGUGUGCCUGAUGGGCGACUGUGUGGGAGGUGUGCUGUGCUUCGACGCUUUGUGCUUCAGUAACCACCAGAGGCCCGGCAGCCCCAACAACAGCAGCAGGAACAACAGCACCGAGAGCCUGAAGGAUAACUCUGGCCUCCUGGGGGAUUCUGGCUCAGGUCUGAGCUCCAGCAAGAGGCUGAGCAAGAGCAACAUCGACAUCUCAGCACCCAACGAAGGACAGGGAGGCCCGCCGCUCAGCCGGAAGCAGAGCGACUCGUACGAUGGAGACACUUCAUCCACGGGACAGCACAGCUUUUUCUCCAGUCUGAUGAAGGAGAGUGUGGAGGUACGUGGAGGCAGCAGCACCAGUCUGGUGUAACCCGGCAGAUUUGACUUUGAGGUGUCAGACUGCUUCCUGCUGGGCUGUCCGCUGGGCCUCGUGUUGGCCAUGAGACGCACUGUGCUGCCUGCAGUCCAGGCCAGCCUCCAUCCGGCCUGUUCUCAGAUUUUCAACUUGUUUUACCCGUCGGAUCCUUCAGCCUCCAGACUGGAGCCCCUGCUGCAGCCUCUCUUUCACAAGUUACCACCAUUCGCUGUGCCGCGUUACCAACGCUACCCUCUCGGCGAUGGACGCUCAAUGCUCAUAGGCGAGAGCAUACAAGGCCAUCCAAAUGUGUUUUUGGAGGGUGAGCAAUCUCAUGGAGGUUCAGCUUCGCAACAUUCCUCUGAGACAAAGACCGAAGGGGGAGACGAGGGAGGCCGUAGAGCCAGCGUGACCAGUGUGGAAAGCGAAAUGUCGAUUUGCUCCAUGGGCCAGCUGGGAAACACCAUCACUAACAUUUCCAGUAGCUGGUGGGGCUCCAAGAGGCUGGAUUAUGCUCUGUACUGCCCCGAUGUGCUGACCGCAUUCCCAACAGUGGCUCUGCCGCACCUUUUUCACGCCUCCUACUGGGAGUCCACUGAUGUAGCAGCUUUUGUUCUCCGGCAGCUCAUGCGAUGCGACUGCGUGAAGACCCAGGAAGCUGAUCACUUGGACUCGGCUCCGUUCUCUCCAUCCAGCCCACGCGAAAAAUGGCUCAGAAGGAGGACACAUGUCAAACUAAGGAACGUCACAUCCAACCACAGGGUGAAUGAUGUCAUUGCCACCGAGGACGGCCCCCAGACUCUGGUCGGUCGCUUCAUGUACGGCCCCUUGGACAUGGUCACUCUGACUGGAGAAAAGGUGGACAUUCUGCUGAUGACUCAACCUCAGUCUGGCCGCUGGGUGCACUUUGACACCGAGGUGACCAAUAGCAGUGGCAGAGUCACUUACACCAUACCCAAGAGCAAGAAGCUUGGUCUGGGAGUGUAUCCGAUUAAAAUGGUGGUCAAGGGGGAUCAAACCAGCGCAGAGGCCUACCUGACUGUGUUGCCGCGGGGCAUGGAGUGUGUGGUCUUCAGCAUUGAUGGCUCUUUUGCUGCCAGCGUGUCAAUCAUGGGCAGUGACCCGAAGGUCCGCCCAGGAGCAGUUGAUGUUGUCAGGCACUGGCAGGACCUGGGAUAUCUGAUCAUCUACAUCACAGGCCGCCCUGAUAUGCAGAAACAGCGUGUUGUAUCCUGGCUCUCGCAGCACAAUUUUCCCCACGGGAUGAUCUUCUUUUCUGAAGGCCUCGUUCAUGAUCCCCUGCGACAAAAGACCAUCUUCCUCAGGAACCUCAUACAGGAGUGUCACAUUAAGAUCAACUCUGCUUAUGGCUCCAUGAAGGACAUCUCUGUUUACAACAUGCUAGGCCUCAGCCCCUCGCAGAUUUAUAUUGUCGGCAGACCUUCAAAGAAGUACCAAAGUCAGUGCCAGUUCCUGAGCGAGGGUUAUGCAGCGCACCUCUCCACUCUUCAGUUUGGGCACAGAGCCAGACCGAAGAAAUCCCCCUCAGUUCGUAUGGUCUUAAGGAAAGGAUCUUUUGGUCUCUCUGCAAAGCCCGACUUCCUGUGUAAGCGCACCCACCUGCGCAGGACCAUGUCGGUCCAACAGCCCGACCCGCCAUGCACGCCCAACCCCAAGCCUGAGCGAGCCCAGAGCCAGCCGGAAUCGGACAAGGACCACGGUGGUGGAGGAGGAGGAGGUGGUGGACAAGGUGCAUGGGGACGGGCUUCCAUGCAUCGUGGAGACACCACUCCCUGACACCAAAAAAGAGAUGGAAGGAUUACAGAAGGACAGAAGAGGAGGAGAACAAACGGGUCUUAGUGUCCAGGGUCAAGGUGACACUUCAUUGUGUGAAUACAGAAAAUUCAAAGGAUGAUUCCAACUUGUGUCUUAUUUUUGACCUCUGUUCUUAUCCAAAAUGCAUUCUUCAAAUUAAUAAGGCUGCUAGAAUGCUCCUCAUAUUGCUGCUGCACCUGCAAAGUCAUGAGAGUAAACGUUAAUUUCACCACAAUAAAUCCUCACCUCAUAAUGUAGCUUUUCACCUUUUACUUCACUGCAUUGUCUGUUAAGCCUUUAAAAGCUUGGGGCUCUGCAAAGCCCUGACACAAACACGAAUUGAUUUUGCUCACUACUGUCGAGCUCCAGCAAAGUCAAUAAACGUCCACCUUCAUUAAAUUAUGUCCUGUUGUGCAUUUGAUGCAUUACGUGUUUAUUUUUAAGUCAGAGAUGCACUGCUAUUUUUAUAAAUAAAUAAUUCUGAGAGCUUUAGAGAAUAGAAGGAAAUAAUGACAGAAGCUACGAGGGAAAGUCAAGAGCAACUUGGGCUUUUUCCCUGAGACUAAAUAUUCAUGUGCCAACCUGAGUAUGAGAUGCUAUUAUUAGCAGCAGUUCCCUAGCAGGGCAGAAUGUAAAUUUUCCUCAUGAUAAUGAUCAUGCAGGCGCAUCUGCAAUGUCCUGCAAAGCUUGUAAUCCACUCAUUUGUAGAUUUGGAAAUAUUGUCAGUGCAAUUAUGGAGAUUGCAGCUGAGUCAUUCUGAGAGCCUGUAGAAACAAAUACGCUGACAGAGCACCCACAAACACCAAUCUGUGUGCAAACUUUGCCUCGAAUGUGAGAGCCUUGACUAAUUUUGUUCUCAUUCGACAGUGUCACUUCUGCCUACUGUAUAUGUACAUUGGAUCCUCUGCCGGUGUUCCUCACAGCUCUGUUUUACCUCCUGCUUGGCCCUCGACACUUUGACACCUGUUCGGUUCUUUUCCCCCGAAACUGCUCAGUGGACAACGUCGCUCGGUCUUUGGAAAUUCUGUCGAGGAUGGCAGCAAUUCUUUGCGAAUCUCUAUGUCAAAGAGUGUCUAAUUGUAAAACCAGAAGAAUGUACUUAAGAUGGGGAAACAUACAUACAUAUUUACACACACACACACAUGCUCCAGGUGAUGAAAAAUGCGACGAUGUUGGCUACGUUAGAGCUUCUGAGACCUUCUCUCAGCCUAAAGCAGCAGUUUAACAGAUGUUGCACGACCAUUUGGUGCCAUUCCGACUGCUGCACUAACAGGUGGUAAUGCUGAAGGACUCCUGCACUGACUCUCCGACCGAUGUAAAUAUUCACCGCACAUCACGCCUGUGUGGGCCUCUGGACACAGAAGCACUGUGACAUUUAGGUUGGAGUCUGGAGCCCCCAAACAGCUCAACCUUUGCCAAACGCCUGCCUCUGCCUAUAUACCCCUCCCACUGCUGGAUGUUUCCUAGUUGGCUUACUACACAUAUCCCUUCCCCUUAAACCAGUCAGGCAGAACAUGCCUUUCGACAGUCGCCUCAGACCCGCUCUGCAGCCGCCCAAGUGCUGCGCUGUGCACGGCUCAGCCCCUGAGGUCACAUUUGCACUACACCGUGAUGGAUUUAGCUCCAGAAACAAAGACUUGCAUUUUAAUCGUAUAUGUAGUUUUUGUUUCUCCUUGCCCGUUGUGCAAUGUCGCCGCUGCUUGCUGGUUACUGUAACUGCUGAAGGAUUCAAUUAGUGCAUAGGAAAGUGUUUAUUUGACCAAAAAUGUUUACAGAAUUACACACAGAUGUAGAAAAUGAUCAGAACUCGUUUCCCCACAUAAUUACAGUGUUUUUAGCAUUUUAGACAUCAUUAGUUUAGUUGCUUGGUAGUAGCAGUAGCUUGCAGGAUAUUGUGCAAUAGACAGUUCAGACUCUGCCAGAAUGCCCCUUCGCAUCAGUUCACUACAGCUGCACUGGAACCAAUAGAUUCGUGAUGAAAUCCGACGCCGUCUUGUGCACUUGAGAUUGAAUUGAGUCUUACUGUGGUCAUGUUUAAAAAUCUGUGCAAGUUGAACAUAUUUUUCUAAGAACAAAUACUGUAAAUAGGAAUAUUUUCAAUGUAUGUUUUGAAGCAUUUGUUAUUUGACUCGUUGAAUGGUUGAUUUUUUUGCCUUAAAUUGUAUUUGAUGUUGUGUAGAGAUAAGAAAUCAUUUGUUUGGCCAAAGUAUUGAAUUUUACUGUUACUUCAUGACAAAAGUGUAUUUAAUCUAAUUGAUAUUUUUGCUUUGACAUGUCUUAGAUACUGUAUAUGUAUGUACGAGGUAUUUGUUGUAUAGUCGAAUUUGCCGAGAACAUGAAGACAGUGAUGACAAAUACUGUAAAGGCCAGUGUUAGCAUAUCUGCAUGUUCUCACUGCAGCUCACUACUGCCGGUUUUUCAGAACGGAACAUAUAUUUUUACUGUAUUAAACUGAAGCAGAGCAUCAGAGGAUUACUUGGAUGAGGUUUGUAUACCUGCCAUGAAAGGAAAAGGGGGCUUAUGAAUUCUUGUAGUGUCUUGUUUUAAGUAAAAAUCUGCAUAGCAGGGUGGAACGUGCGAGCCGAGUGGGAGCUGUCUUCGGCUCAUUUUCUCACACCUCCUGUACACAGUAGGUGGUAAAGUAAUUAGCUAUUUGAUUGCUACUAUGUAUGAUUCCCUGUAGUGCCGCCCCUGUAAUUGCAGUGCACCAAUUAGCAUUCCUUGGUAAUUGUACAAUAUUGUGGAACACACUGAAAUACUUAACUCCAUUUUGUUUUGCUUUUAGAUACUUAAUACGGAAACAUUGUUGUCCAAGCAACAAAAAUGACCAUUCCAGUCAAUGUACACACAAUAAUCAAAGUAACUCCAUUAGUCUCUACAACACAUAAUGUAUAUUUUAGUGACACAUCGAAAGAGGGAAAUAUUCAAGGGUGGGCAGCAUUUUAGCAAAACGGUGUUAGUAAAUGGCAAAUAAUGAUCUAAUGGUUAAAUGGUGGUGCCUUCGUGCAUGUUGAUUAUUUGAUAUUGUUAAAUAAUUGCUAUAAAUUGUCGUAUUUGUGGUAAUCUAACUGACCAUGAAGUAUUGCGAUUAAGUAAUGAGUUCAUGGUAGACUACUGCUUGAUGAGUAAAAUCUAAACUAGUACUCAAAUUUAUGAUCAAUAGCUGAUUUUUGAUAGUAAAAUACUCAAAGAAAGUGGAAAUUGUUAAAAAUAUGUGAAGUUACCUCUUGCUUUACCGUCAGACUUUCACUCCUUUAAUGGCUGACAGAUGGUACCAGUUUUCAUUUUGGGGUUAAAUAAUAAAAGUGAAUAAUCCUAAUGUCUGAAAUAAUGUUAAAUUACUGUUAAAUAUCACACAAAUAGUCUCUUAAAUAUGAUUACUCCCAGACUAGUACAAAUAAAUAUUGUCAAAUCAUGACUUUAACUAUUGGGUACUGACCUAAUUUGCCAUUUAUUAACAAUUUCAUGUAACUAGUAAGUUAACUAACACAAUGCGACCACUUCUUUUGAAAACUCUAGAGUUUUAUUUUCGGUCUUUUUGACCAGUUAGAGAAAAAAUACCUGGUUACACUGCUGCAGAGUUUAUUGUUUUGUACAGAUCUCUUGUGCUGAACAUGUUAUUGUGUUUAAUGGACUCAGUCCGUCUUUCCUUAUUGCAUAAAUAAAGAUAUUUCACAGUUGAAGAAUUUA